AUGGUUAAAGUAUUAAUUAUUGGUGCUACUGGCUACAUUGGAGGAGCCACUGCUGCUGCUCUGAGAAAGAACAACCACCGAGUUUACGGAUUGGCACGAACUGCUGAUAAAGCCAAGGCUCUUGCUCAAAACGAAAUCAUUCCCAUUGAAGGCUCUGUCGACGAAUCUGAUUCGUAUGCCAAGGAAAUUGAAAAGCACGCUAUCGAUGUUAUUAUCGACAUUGCCGGCCCUCCUUCCACCACCCAGAAAUUAUUGGCUGAUCUAGCACCAGUUGCUGAAGCCAGAAACAAGAAGUUCUCGCAUGGUCCCUCCAACAAGAUUGGAUUUAUUUACUGUGGUGGUAUGUGGGUUCAUGGAAGUUCAGUUGAUCCCGUCAGUGAUCUCGAGUUAGUUGGUACUGAUCGUGCCACUACCAACCCUCCUGAGUUGGUUGCCUGGAGACCUGCUCUCGAAGAUACCAUUUUGUCGAAAACCGAUCUGUUCGACUCGAUUGUGGUUCGUCCUGCUCUUGUCUACGGAGGCAUCUCACCCAUCUGGGGACUUCCCUGGGGUCCAAUUGCCGCCGGACUUUCCAGCAAUGCCUCUUCUGUGACCAUUCCCGUUGAUGCUGAAGCCAUUGCAUCUCUGAUCCACGUGGACGACGUAGCUACUGGAUUUGUUGCCGCUGUCGAGAACCUGCCUAUCCUGUCUAAGACGUACCCUGUCUUCGACCUGUCCACCAGUUUCGAGCCUGUGGCCCUCAUCAACCAACUGGCGGCCCGAGCCCUUGGCUACAAAGGCAAGCUCGAGUACCACGUCCCCGACGGGCCAGACGGGCUCUUCCCCCGUGCCUUCGGCACCACGCUCAACAGCUCCGGUAGCCGUUUGACCGCCCUCACCGGCUGGCGUCCCACCAAACUGUCGAUGCUCAGCGAGGUCGAUAUCUACGCACAAGCCUGGCUCGCCGCCAACAACUAA